AUGGAAGACUUAGGACCGAGUGUCAAAUCCUUUUUGGUUCGAUCGGGUAUACCUCACCACGCCAUUCUAUCCCAACUUGACCAGGCUGUGGCACAUUUUCGGCUGACGAGCUAUACUCUGCACCUGGAUCGGAUUCAACGGGCCAUUGCAGCUCUGGCACUGUUACGAAUUAUGGCUUCUUCAGAUUCCCUACUAGAAGCACUGUUGGACGAAGCCCACCUAAAAUCCCUGUUGGAUCCGGUCUAUGAGGUUCCAGUGGACCAGUUUAUCCAAAUUGUUGUGCAACCGUUCCUGCAAACGAACGAACCCCAAAGCCAUCGUGCUUCCUGA